AUGACUUCCCCUUCUGGAAACCAGCCCCCUCGCCGCCCCGGGUACCCCAGUGACAAGCUUCUGCGCGAAGCAGAGCAGAUCUGGAGUUUCAACCCCCGAGCCCAGACCUUUGAGCCAACGACCCCGACGACGCCCACCAUUCUCGGCGGGACGGGUGCUGCACCAGUCCCUCACGAAGGGCAGGCUGCCUCCCGCCUCCCCCAAGGGUUGGCUGAGCCCGGCCCGCCCCAAGGGCUCGCUGCACCCGUCCCGCCCCGAGGGCCUGCUCCCGCUGCCGCUCCCCAAGGAGAGGGAUUCGGUCAACUUCCAGAUGGCGGAGAUAUCAGCGACCCCUACGCUUGGCCAUCUGCCCGAGAACUUGCAAGGAAGCUGCUGGACCCUCCCCGCCAGUCGUACCCAGUCCACCACAAGAGACAAGGCUUCGUCGUCAUCCAGUUGCGCUGGGUGCUCAGAGUCGUCGGGGAGCCGCAUUUUCGGAACGACAGUAAUCUCUCCCGGAGCGUGCUGAAGGAGAACAGCAAGCUUCGAACGCAUGGACUCGCGGCCGGAAUUCCCGAGGGAUACUGGCGUUGGCUGUGUGGGAACCGCGAGGGAAGGCCAACCGGUCCUGAUAGAAGCGAGUACUGGAUUCCAGAGAACGAGUUCUUCUUGCGUCCCGACCGAAUUCCACCACCGCCGCCCCUACCUUCUGCUUCUGUGCCGCACGAGAUGCGGCAACCCUCACCGUUCUGCGAAGGACCGCCUCCACCACUUCCACCGACCCAAGCCUACUAUGGCAUGCCUCAAGGGCACCAGCAGUCUUCUCCGCCGCCGCAAGGGCCCUUCGGAUACCCACCGCCGCAUUACUACUACCGGGGCUAG